AAAUCGUUGGGCAGUGGAAGCAGAAGUGCCCUUCAUGUCCCAAAAUGCAGCUGCUCUGGUGGUGUGGUCCUGGCAGCUUUGUGUGCACAGAUGGAGUCCUGGGGCUGUUGAGAGCCGGCUGUGUAGGGGCCUGGAGGUGGCACAAGAGCAGAGGGCACUUUGAUUCUUGUGCAGGCAGCCUGACCAGCUUCCAUUUGUUUCUUGCAGGCACGGAUGAAGGUGCCGUCAUCGAGAUCUUGACCAAACUCAAUGUUCGCCAACGUCAGCGCGUUCUGAUCACCUACAAGGGCACUCCUGGCAGGGUAGGUGCUCUGCAGAGAUGUGUGAACGUGGUUGUGUCACUUGGUGAAAAGCGAAAGACGACCCAGCCUCCACCAGAGAAAGGUCAGCAGAGACUUUACCUGACCAAGGUUGUUUUGUUCCUGUUCAGUUCAGAGCAGCUGUCAAAGCGAGGAGGGUUGGAGCCUGAAGAGAAGCGAGGCACUGCUGACAAGGACAUAACAGACAGCGUUAAAUCUGAGAUGUCAGGAGACCUGGAAGGUGCUUUGCUGGCUGUGGUCAGGCGCGUGCGAAACGAGCCUGCGUGCUUUGCUGGAAGACUGUGUAAAUCCACGGAGGGCCUGGGAACAGGCGACAGCACUGUGAUCAGAGCGAUGGUGUCCCACUCCGAAAUGGAUCUGCUGGAUAUCAGAAGAGAACUCCUGACCAGGAAGUCUCUCUACACCUUCAUGAAGGGUGGGAUCCUACAGGUGCUGGCCAUCAGACCCCCUGCCCCAAAGCGUCCGGCUGCCAGCAGUAGCUUUGGAAAUCAGGACCCGAGUCCUUCUCCCAGCCCGUCCCACAACCCGUCCCACAUCCAGUUACUGUGGGGGAAGGAGAUCACGCCGUGCGGUGGGACCUUCUCUCAUCUGUUCUUGAUUCUAGAUGAUGAGCUCGGUGUUCUCUAUCUGGAUGAUCGCCUGGAUCCACAUUUCAUGCCUGUGCCUGAGGGACAACCCAGAGGCCCUGCUGGUGAAUCAGCAGAACGGGAUCCUGUCCAUGAGCCUGAGGGGAAUGCUGGAGAUGUGAGUGGAGGAGGUGAUCCAGCUUCCCCUCUGAGCUCCGAGACCAAAACCCGGGCGGAUGGCAUGGGUCUGGAAAGGGGAAAGGAUGAAUCGGAAAGAGGAAAAUCCUCUGAGGAGUCUUACCAUCCAAAAGAACUGCUGAGGGGAACGGAAGUGGCAGUUCAUGGGAUGAAUGCAGGGAAGCAGCAAAGGAUGCAGGGAAGCACAAAGGCUGCUGCUGGCAGAUCUGUGCGGCAGCGCCACGUGGCAGUGGUGGUGCUGUUCUCAGCUGUGCUGCUGUCUGCGCUGGUGCUGGCCUGCGUUGCUGCGUCAUGGCCGUGGAAGGAAUGCCUUGUGUGCAAGGGGGGAGAGAGAGCAGCAGAGCGAGCUCAUCCUGACACCGACUGGGAGGGAGUUCCAAGUGGAGAUGAAGGGAGAGCGGAGCUGGGAGAGGCAACAAGCGAGAUCCUUGCCCAAGCAAACAAGAACCUCAGCAAUAGUUCCAGUCCGUUCCGUUCUGCCAUCCCAGAGGCCAAAGAUCUUCAAAGUCAUCUGAAAGACCUGGAGCGUGAACUCCAAGCCAUGAAAGAGGUCCAUGGGGGCAGUGGUGAGUGCUGCUUUCUGUCAGAGGACGGCCUUGAAAGUGAGAGCGGAGGAUCAGCGGCAGAGCGUUUGUCCUUCAACCUCCGUUCCCCGGGACGAGUAUCACCAGUAGUUCGAAGGUUCUUAGCUCGCCACAGCUACGAUCCUUUUGAGGGUCCUAAUGAGGACCCAGAAAGCGAGCUUCCUCUGACCGCCGGGCAGCACGUUUAUGUCUUUGGAGAUGUGGAUGAGGACGGCUGGUUUCUGGGAGAGCUGACGGAUGGCACGAGAGGGCUGGUCCCUUCCAGCCUGGUGACAGAGGUUUCAGAUGAUGAGCUGGACACAACGAUGCCUCCAGAGCUCUGUGAUCUCCUGCUGGAUACGGAUGAUUGUGUAGAUGCAAAGAGUCCAUAAUGCAGCAACAUCCUGUCGCAAUUCUUGCCUCACUCCAUCUGCAAGACGACCCCCUGCUCCACUUGACGUUCGAGUGAAGUGUGAGCAGGAUGUGGAUGAGCUCCUCCUGGUUCGAUCUGAGAUGACUGGCAGUGCGACUGCAUGCUGUUAUUGUAUAUUAAAAAAUAUUUAAAAAACUAA